UUCACUCUUGUGGCUGGCUGCACCACCGCACCUACCCACCCAGUGUAUUAGUACAGAUAGCAAGCACUAAUGCUGGUGCUAAUCUUGCCCUCAACUGUGCCAGAUAGUGCUUUCUGGCUGUCACCAGGAGAAGAAGAAGAAGAAGAAGAAGAGAAGAAGUUCAAUCUCUUUCUUGCUCUCUUUUGGAGGAGGAAGAAGAAGGAUGAAGGGGGUGAGCAUGUUGACGAUGGCGCGUGCGGCGUGGGCGGUGGUCCGGUACGCGGUGGUGGUGCCGCUGCUGCAGCUGGCCGUGUACCUCUGCGCCGCCAUGUCCCUCAUGCUCUUCGCCGAGCGCCUCUACAUGGGGCUCGUCGUCGCGGCGCUAUGGCUCCGCCGCCGACGCCGUCAGCGCCGCAGCCCAAGCAGGAACAAGGGGGGCGACGACGACCUGGAGUCCGGCGCCGCAGAGGACCUGCCCCUGGUCCUGGUCCAGAUCCCCAUGUUCAACGAGAAGCAGGUGUACCGUCUGUCCAUCGGCGCGGCGUGCGGGCUGUGGUGGCCGGCAGACAAGCUGGUGAUCCAGGUGCUGGAUGACUCGACGGACGCCGGCAUCCGGGCGAUGGUGGAGGCGGAGUGCCGGCGGUGGGCGGGCAAGGGGGUGCAAAUCCGGUACGAGAACCGCAGCAACCGGAGCGGCUACAAGGCGGGCGCCAUGCGGGAGGGCCUCAAGAAGGGCUACGCCAAGGACUGCGAGCUGGUGGCCGUGUUCGACGCCGACUUCCAGCCGGACGCCGACUUCCUCCGGCGCACGGUGCCGGUCCUCCAGGCCGACCCGUCGGUGGCGCUGGUGCAGGCGCGGUGGCGGUUCGUGAACGCGGACGAGUGCAUCCUGACCCGCAUCCAGGAGAUGUCGCUGGACUACCACUUCUCGGUGGAGCAGGAGGUGGGGUCGGCGUGCCACGGCUUCUUCGGCUUCAACGGCACGGCGGGGGUGUGGCGGGUGCAGGCGCUGGCGGACGCGGGGGGCUGGAAGGACCGCACCACCGUGGAGGACAUGGACCUCGCCGUGCGGGCGUCGAUGCGGGGCUGGAGGUUCGUCUACGCCGGCGACGUGCAGGUGCGCAACGAGCUGCCCAGCAGCUUCAAGGCGUACCGGUACCAGCAGCACCGGUGGUCGUGCGGGCCGGCGAACCUGAUGCGCAAGAUGUUCUGGGAGAUCGUGGCGAGCCGGCAGGUGUCGGCGUGGAAGAAGGUGCACGUGCUCUACGGCUUCUUCUUCGUGAGGAAGGUGGUGGCGCACCUCGUCACCUUCCUCUUCUACUGCGUGGUCAUCCCGGCCUACGUGCUCGUCGGCGGCCAGGACGUGCGCCUGCCCAAGUACGUGGCCAUGUACGUGCCCGCCAUCAUCACCCUGCUCAACGCCGUCUGCACCCCGAGGUCGUGGCACCUGCUCGUCUUCUGGAUCCUCUUCGAGAACGUCAUGUCCAUGCACCGCUCCAAGGCCACCAUCAUCGGCCUCGUCGAGGCCAGCCGCGCAAACGAGUGGGUCGUCACGGAGAAGCUCGGCUCCGUGACCUCCUCCACCCCUGCCGCGACGACCACCAUGGCCACCAACAAGGGGGCAACGAAGAAGAAGAAGAGCCAAAGCAGCAUCCUGGCGCCGGAGAUCGUCAUGGGGCUCUGCCUGCUCUACUGCGCCGUCUACGACAUCGUCUUCGGCCACGACCACUUCUAUGUCUACCUCCUCAUGCAGUCCGCCGCCGCCUUCGUCAUCGGAUUCGGCUACGUCGGCUCCCAAUGAAGUGACGCCAACAAAACAAAAACCGUACCUGCUGGCUGCCUCUACCUAGUUAAUAAGCUAUCUGCAACUUAAUUUGCAUUGCAUACUAGAUAGAUAGCUUAUUGUUUUUCAGGACCAACCCAACAAUACAUACAUACAUAUACCUGCAGGCACCAGCUUAAUUUCCAAGGCAGGACAAUUACUUGCUUCAUUAUAUUCAUUCAUCCAUCCAUUUUGCAUCAUGUACAGAACCAAAAAUAAUCGCUUCAGAAAAGCCUUAGUUCGAA